AUGAGAAAAAAUGCAUUCCAAGCUGAAAUUGCAAAAAGAAACUCAAAAUGCUUAGCAUGUGGUGAAAUCAUACCUAUUGGAGCUAUAAAAAUCAAAGUUCCAAGAUUCCAGGUAUUUGACUUCUACCACUUUAAAUGUUACACGCCAAAGGUAAAUCAGUAUAUUUGUAAAAGUGAUGUAAAAAAUUGCUUGGACUCAAAAAAUGCUGAAAUUCUUAAUAAUUGGAUUGAUGAAUGAAACCAAGAUUAUAUACCACUUGAUAAACCUUUUCGGGAACCCCCACAAUUUUCUAAACUUGUGGAAUCUAGUCCCUCUAGAUACAGAAGAGCUUGAUUAGAGAUUUUCAAAUUUCUUGAUGCAAUAGAGGUUUUCAAAUCUUACUCUUAUGUCAACAAGGAAUUCUACCACAUAUCAUGAGAUCAAGAAUUGUGGCACUCUUACUGCGUCAGAGAUUAUGCUGAUGUUGCACUAUAUGAUCAGGAAAAAAAUUAUCGCUCACAAUAUGUAACCAUGUACAUGGAGUCAUGUUUUUGAUGCCAUACGCGCCAAACUGAAGAAAACUUCAAAAUCUGCCCACUAAUUAAAAAACCAAUUUGCGAUAGCUGCAAAAACUUACUCUACAAUCGCUGCAAUAUUAAUAAUUUAAUAUUCUAUAGAAAUAUAAAAGAAAAUUAAUUUAAAAUUUAUAAUAAUACAGGGGAAAGUUGAGAGGUUUAGCUGUAUGUGUAAGGCAAGUAUUCAGGCUAGAUACGGGAUAA